CCGGGAAAGCCACACGAAGAAGAGUGUAAACGGAAGUGAACACUAAAAACAUUUUCCACGUUAGCGUUUUUGUUGUUAUUUAGAUUUUAUUCAUUAUUAACACCCUGGAAUACAAAAUAUGAAUAAUUUAACUGCACAGCAUCACAUACUUACGACAUGUAGUCUUUAAUUCGCUUUGGAGACAUGACUUGGUUGAUAGGUGUUAUCUAGGUAACGCUAGCUAGCUGCUAACAAUGGCUAACUGUAUGGUUUUUCAAACUCAAAUAGCCUCCAUCAUGGAGGUUCUAGCGAAUGCAGCCGUGGCAGAGAUCUGUAAACUUGUAGACGACGACUAUGCAGUGUUUCGUUUGGAAAUAACUCAAAGCCAGAAAGAAAACAGGUCAUUGCGGAGGAGACUACAGCUACUGGAACUGAAGGUGUCACGGGAGCGCGUCCUCGCCAUUCGACCCAGUAGUGUCAAGAUCCUCGACAAAUACAGAGGAAUGUCAAGAGGUGAAGGACAUCUCACUGGAGGCCACAGGAGCUUUGUGAAGCCUGUGGGACACAAUACAUGGAGAGAUGACCAACCAAUCACUGUUGAUGAGGGGAGUGGAACCUCAACCCAGCACAUUAUCAUGAUAGAGUCUGCAGAUGCAGAGGCUGCAGGUCCUGGGGUCAAGCAGGAGAGGUCUGAAGGAGAGGAGGACCCACAGCAUAGCAGAGACAUCCAGACUGGUGCGGCUAGAGAGCCCCCUGUAGCCACGGAUGAACCCACCACUGCCCCAGUGCAGCCCAGGACCCAACGAAGCGGCACGGAGGAGGAGGAGGGUCCAGAGGUGCUGCUGGUGAAGGAGGAGGGGUGUGAGGAGGGUCUGGGGAACCCUGAGGGGACCGUGGUCAUGGAGGACAACCAGCCUAAACCUCCUGAACCCACAGAGGACCCAGCUGCGCAACACAGUACCACACACAGUCUCACUGAGUCAGUAGACAUUAAGGAUGGGAAGCCUCAUCUGCUGCUGGUCAAAGUGGAGACAAUAGACGACGGACCAGUGAGCAUUGAUCUGCUGAGUGGACUAAAGAUGGGGGAGCAAGGUGGGUGGCUGGAGGCUAACAGAGGAGACUGGGCAACCAUCUUGGAUUCCCAGACCGGUGCAGCCAAGGACCCAGGGGACAAUAUCACUGAGCAAGACAGGACCAGCGGCGAUAUAGUGGAGUCUGCAGUCCAUGAGGACCUGCUGAUAUCAGGUGUUGCUGGCAGGAGAGACUGGAACUUUGAGGCGGCUGGUCACAAACCCUGGCCCUGGAUCAGAACCCUGGAUCAGGAACCAUCGCGCUUCCUUCCCGAUUUGGAACUAGGACCGAACCAUGAGGGACAGAGACUCCACCACACAGAACACAACCAGUGGACAGGUGGACUGAACAACCUCAGUCCUGGUGGUCAUCAGAGAAACAGAGGCUCCAGUCAGGGAUCCAGUCUGCAGCCCAGACCCUUCUCUUCACAGUCUCAGUGCAGGGAUGAAGCAGGGCCUGGAGCUGAUAGAGACAGAGAUAGACCCUCCUGUUCCUAUGAUACAAACAUCACAGUAUCCAUGAUGAACAUAGCAGGUCACCCUGGGCUUCAGCCUUCACAGAGAGUGGUGGGAGACCCCUCUGGUGGUAGUCUAAUAGGAAGUCUCUCUUCCCCUUCAGGAUCUCAUCAUAGAAGACCUGGGUCUAGCUUUCCUCAGUUACCUCAGGUUUACCACACCAAUACAGACAUGGUCAGGAUGGGCGUUCACCACAAGAGGUACCUAGCCUAUAACACAGAACACAAUCCUAACAACACCCAAACAAUGGCUAGAGGUCAAGGAAGGAGCUCAAAGACUAACCAACUGAGGGUGGUGGCUCCUGCUUCUACCUCCGGUGUCAUUGGCUCACAACGUGGGAGGCCAAGCGUUAGGUCGGACGCAGACAAGCCGCAUGCAUGUCCCACAUGUGGGAAGCGUUUCACUGAGGCGAACUAUGUGAAGAGGCACCAGACUGUUCACACCAAGGAGAGGCCCUUCAAGUGUAAAUUGUGUUACAAGAGCUUUGCCUUCUUGAGUAACCUUAUCAGACAUAAGAGUGUCCACAAUGGGAAUAAAUUGUAGCAUUGUGGCUUGAGAUGUACAAAAGGGGAUAUCUGAGAACCAUUUUUUAGCUGACAUAAUAUAAUUAUCAUGUGAAAUGUCUUGGGGCAAGAGGUUAAUUAAUCACAUACCUCUCCUUAAAACCCUUUGUUAACUUUGUAAAUACCUGUUUUUAGAGAGACAAUAGCCUAAACCUAGUUUAGAACAUGGACAGUUGAAUAUUUACCGUACUGAGGUUGACGUAGAUGGAAUAAAGUAAUUGUAUUGUAUUAUUUUC